CUCACUUUUGGCGAAGUUCCUCGGCGGCGUAUCCCAGAUGUCAGCUCCCGCUUUCUCUUCUGAACUACCUUUUCCACGGACGGGUCAUGUUAGCAGUUAGCUUCCCUGUUUGACCCACAGGUGUUCUUCUUCGCUGCAUUUAAAAAAACUGUCUUUCACCUUAAUUCAUACCAUAGCGAGCUUUUUUCACCUUUUAACACCUUACAUCCGGCUUAUUAUUGACUUAACUGGAAUCAACGCCGCAACUUGAGGACGUUUGAACAGGUUCCGACAUGGAUGAGGUGGAGAAAUACAAACGGCGACUGGAGGCUAUCGCUGAGAGGCGACGGCUGCAAGAGGAAGAGGACAGAAUCAGGCGAGAGAUGGAAGAUGAGAAAAUAAGACUUCAUCAGCUCAAGAGGAAGUCUCUCAGGGACCAGUGGCUGAUGGAAGUCGCACCAUCUCCACCAACUUCUCCCGCAGCCCAGAGCCCCCUCUCCCCUUUUUGGGGGUCCCCAGCGCAGCAGAUGGACAAACACAGAUUGUCUUCUGCAACUCAGCGGUUGGAACAGAACAUAAGGGGACAUAAAGAAGACAGCCACAUGGACAAAGUAAACUCUGUAAGGGAGCAACUAGAUAUGGGCCGAGUCACUGCUGCUGUGCACAAUGGAGAGGCGACGGGAUCAGCCACCAGACAUUUUCAUGAAGACACCACAGUGGUCGUCACAAAUGGAGGAGCAACUCUGGACAUCAAGGAUGCGUCAACGCUUCCAUACAUUCAGAUCACAGCCAACAGACAAGGUGAAAGUCUCACCUCCAGCUCCGGUGCUGGUCCAAGCAUUGACAGCGACGGCGAGGAAGAGGAGAUGAUGGUGAUGAGGGCGGAGUGUGUCAUCAUCACGGACGAAGAGGAUGAUUCAGAGGUGGACAUUCUACGGUCAGAAGAGAGUCUAGUCUUUGAGUCUGAAGCCGUACAGACGGCGGUGAAGCGUGAGGAAGAGUCAGAGGAAAAAGUGGAACCCGCUGAUGAGACAGGACCCGUGAAACUGGACGGACAUGACAGUGGAUCAAGGGAGCUCAACGGUAAUGACCCUCAGGAGUCAGUGCUCAUGCUGUCCGAGGAAGAACCUGCAGAAGGCGCCCCAGUGGCCCCGGUGCCAGUCUACUCUGAGGUGCAGCCUUGUAUUCUGCCGUCAGAGCAGGAACCUCAGCAGCAAGUGGAACUCGGCGCGACGACAACUCAGGAGUCUGAGAGCCCGUCUGGGCAGUUCCAGGAGGUUCCCCUGUCCGACGCCCAAGCAAACCACAGGUCAGCGCCAGCGGCUGAGGAGCAGAAGCCGCUGCUCUCACAUGCCAAGGAGCACAGCACACUGGAGGUGGAACCAGACGACAUCAGCACAGAGAUCCACGGCGAGACGAGACCCAUCAAGAAAGAGACAAAGCCCAGACAGACAAAAGCCUGCCAGUGCUGCUCCAUCAUGUAGACCCCCCAGUCCUCCCAGCACUUCAGAAACCCCUCCAGACUGGAGAGAUGAUCGACUCUUCUGAGAGAAGAACUGACUGACUGGAUCUCACAAGUGCCUUUGCAGCUCCUUCCCACUUUUCCAACUCGAAACAGACCCUUUUCACAGUGGCCCAAAGACCAACCCGCUGCUCUACAGACGUCAAACAUUCUGACCAAGAUAUGAAUCCAUUAGAAACAGUAUGCGUUUUUCUACCAUUUAUAUUUCUGUAGGAACAGCAGAAAAAAUACAAUAUACCAGAAGUGUAUUGGAUUUGGAUUUUAUCCUAAUUUAAUUCAUUGUUCCGACUUAUUUAAUUGAGAUUUUAUGUGGCUGUUGUUAACUCACGUGUUAGAUAUUCUACAGACGGCAGUGCUCACAUUUAUCCACAUUACGGUGUGAAUGUUUAGUGGAGGUGACCAUUGUACAUGAAUAGAUGUAUGAAGUUGAGCAGAACCUCUGCGUGUGUACAGAUGCUGAGCUUGAAAUGAUGACCAGGUGGUUGAAUGAUUAAACUGAGAUUUAUGGUUCAGUGUUGGGUGUGCGUUGAUGCUUAUUUUGUUAACACGUGUCAGACUCGAAGCCGGGGGCCACCAAUGUCACGCUGCAUCAUUUGUCGUGGCCUGUGACUUGAAUUUAGGUGUCAUUCUGAACUGUAUGCUAGGUCCAGGUUCUAUGGCCACUAUCAGUGAUGAUGGAAAAGUUGAAAUAUAAAAGUGUUUAAUGUCGAUCACGUGUACAAAUAUAAACACCUUGGCCCUCCAGCCUUAAUGUACAUAAUGACUGAAGAGACCCUAUUAACAUAAAGCAAAUACAGCUAUAUGACAAUCUGAUCUGAAGCAAGGCUCAUUCUCAUUGGUCCGCCUCGUUCGAUGACGUCACUUCCUCCAUCUCUGCUGGGCGGGACCUUUGAAUCGAAACAAUACUAAGCUAUUCAGCCCAAUACUGAAUUGUGCCUUUGACUUCUCAAUGUCACUUCAAAGCUGAAUAAAUUAAUAUGUAACUUUAAAAUAUACAACAAAAUACUUGCAUAUAUAAAUCUCCUCAACUGCAUCU